AGCACCUGCAUGAGAGUAACUUUAAGAAAAGUGUCGGGUACAGAAAGCUUUUCCAUGUUAAGUCCAUCGUGAAACAAUCGACUGUUGAACCUGACGCAAGUGACGUCGGUGGUUGCUAUGGCAACUUCCUCCAAACUCUGGCGUUGCCCGGGACUCAAGCUAACGUUAGAGACCGUGUUAGCUAAAUCGUUAGUUAAAUAAGAAGAAUAAAACGGAGACGGGGGUUGAAGACGGAGUUUAAGGCGGUUUGUCACCGUGUCCCCGCUCUUUAUACUGACUCAGCGUGCAGGCAGGUGCUUUACAGCACGCUUGUUAACUUCAGCGCAGUUGACUUAAAGUGCGUAGCUAACAAGCUAACCUAGCGUUAGCCUGUCGCGUAGAGCUGCCAUGUCGGAGCACAGAGAAGAUGAAGAGCAGAAGGUGAAAGAUGAGGAGGAAAACACGGAAACGCACUCACAACCGGGUGGAAGUACUGCAGAGCGGCCGCCAGAGGACGACGGAGAGCCGGGAAGUGAUGGACAGGCUGAUAGGUCCACCGCAGGUGUGUUGGAGAAAGCAGAAGAAGCUGAAACUCAGGCUGGUGUGGAGGACGAUGCUGAGCAGCUUGGAGAGCCUCAGAAGGAUGAAAACUCAACAGCAGCCGAUGUGUUGGACACUGCAGAAGAAGCAGAAACUGACCUGCCCGCUGAUGCUGAGCAGCUUGGACAGCCUCAGAGAAAAGACAACGUUGGAAACGCUACAGCUACAGUGAAGCUGGUCCUGGUGCCAGUGGGUCAUGUGAUGACCGUGGCCUUCGCCAUCGGGCUCAGCAUUCACGAGCUGAAGCGUCACCUCGCCUCAGAGCUCAGAGUCCCCGCUGAGGUGCUGCAGAUCUCUCUGGACGGCAGAGCAGUGGCAGAGCACCAGAGCCUGAUGGAGCUCGGCGUCCAGCCUCACGGCUCCACCCGGAUGGAGAUGAGCUCCACCGAGCCGGCCUCCCACCCGCUCCGCCCUCUGCGCCCCCCGGAGCACGACAGCAUGCCGGACGUCAUCACGGUCCGGGUCCAGACAGAUGAGGCCGUUUUCCAGGAGGUGGUGGUGGAGAUCGAGCGCCCCCGCCAGCAGAAAGCCUUCCUGGGCGGCUACAGACACCGACUUACGGGGACGGAGUACCACCACGCCGCCGUCCAGACCCUGCCCAAGAUGAGACCCGAGAGAGGAGUGCUGGUCUUUAGCCGCGACACUCAGACAGCAGAGCUGAAGUCUCAGGCCCAGCAGUGUCCCGUCAGCAUCUCCACCCAGAUGACCGGCAUCGGCUGCUACGUCUCCUGUCUCAACGACAGGCUGGUCACGGUCACCCCCGGCAACUACAUCACAGCUGAGGAGUACCACGACAGGCGGCUGAGAGCUGUGAUCCGUCUGCAGUCGUUUGCUCGGCGCUGGUUGGCCCGGCAGGAGGUGGACCGGCUGCGGAGGGAGCGGGACCGGCGGAUGGCCUGGCUGGAGGUGCAGGAGAGGAGGAGGAAGGAGGAGAAAGAGGAGCAGCUGAGAGACCGACGCCAACGCUGGAUGAACCCAGAGAGGAGGGAGGACUUCAACCUGCUGUACCAGGCUCUAGAGAGGUGGAGGAGCGAGGAGGAGCAGCGGAUCAACUCGUCCCUGCGAGGAGCCGAGAGGAAGGAAGCUCUCUGCUCGCUGCUGAAGCAGGAGAUGCAGCUCAUCGCCGACAUCGGACGCCAUCGCAUCGCCGCUCAGAGCAAAAACUAUGACAAAGCUGUGAGGAACUUCCUGGACAAGUGUGCGGCUCCUCAUCGCUGGCGAGCAGCGGACGGUCGAAUGAUCGAGAUGGACAGUGAACACACCAUCAGAGCCAAACAGCUGCGAGAUCUGUACAGCGAGCUCAGCGUGUCGGCUGCGAGCCAGGAGCAGAGACUCCAAGUCCUGAUGACACUCAAACACACCGUCAAGGAGCAUGAGUGUCAGCUGACGCGGGACAUCGUGGAUUUGAUUGACAGGGAGGUGGACCUGAUGACUCGAGGCGUUAAGGCAGCGAGUCUGGAGGGGCUUAGAACGAGGAUCUCCACUCUGUUCCUCCAAUACAUCAAAACACCAGCGUUUAACCCUGAGGUGGCCAAGCUGCUGAAGGUUCCCCAGAAUCCCUCCCAGCUGAAGAACAGCAUGUUCCUCUGUCGGGGCUGCAACCGCUACCUUCACUCUGCCAGCUUCAGCCCGUCCACCAGCGGCCGUCUGAGCGGUCGGUGCCGCGACUGCGCCACACUCAACAACAUAGCAAGACCCCGCGAUGACUUCUCCUGCUACAAAAACAUCCUGAAGAGGCUGAGGACCGACGAGCAGCAGCUCAACCCGGAAGCCAAGAUCCCCUUCCUGCUGCAGGUGGAGGAUGUGCGGUACCUGGUGGAUGUGGUCUGGACGUCCUGCUCCGCCCUUGAUGCCAGCAGCGACGUCUACAACCUGGUGUUUGUCCGCUGGGAGCGUCAGAGGGACUGGAGCCCUUGGAACUGCAUCCUGCUGUCCAAAGAAGAGACUUCAGCUCACAUGGAGGUGGACGAUGUCCACAAGGCAUAUGAGGUCGCCUUCAUCCGCGGGAUCCAGCAAAAACACACGCUGGCUCGGCGCCACUUCAGCCAGAUCUCCGUCGUGGCCGAGUACCUGGACUCUCAGCCGGCCACUGCCCUGGGCAACCAGCUUGUCUCCAAGCCCGUCACCAUGGCGACAGGCGGCCAUGCCAUCGACACCUCGCCGGCCUCAGCUCAUUAACACCCUGCAGUUUAAUGUCUUCUGUCACUGUUUCCUCCUGCGCUCAUGUUGUCUGCCACUUUCUAACAUAUUCUGUGUGAACUUCAUGAGUUGUCCUCCUGGUUUGGACUCGUUUGGGUGCAUUUGUUUGGAAAAUGGGAUGUAUUUGACAUGUGCACACUGGUGUCCAGGGCUCAACUUCUGCAAAGAAUUCUAAACUGAGGUGAUCCUAACAUCCGUCUUCUAAAUUUCUCUUUUGGGUGUUUUCAACAGCAUCGAAACUUAAGCCUGAAAUGGACAAGAAGUGAGAAACAAUUAAGAUAAUGAAUGUUUGUGUUUGCCAUUUCAUUUUACGCCUCCAUACGUUAACAUUGAGCAAAAUCAAUCUUGACAACAACAAGACGAACACUUCAAACCCACUGAACAGUUAGAUGGAUGGAUAGAUAGAUACUUUAUUAAUCCCGAGGGAAAUUCAGUUUGUCUGUGAACAGAAACCAACAUCUCACUGCAGCAGAAGGUGAGGAAAGCCUCAGCAUUUUGUCCACC